UUUGAAACCCAGACUAACCGCUGUUGUCUCGAGAUUGUAUCAAGUCAAACAAACCCAUGUGGAAUACGUUAAUCAAUGACGUUACACAAAUUGCUGCAUGAAAUGUACUUACUACUACAAAAUCCAUUUAAUCAGGAAGCUAAAAAGUGAUGAAAGACUGUUGAAACUCAUAUCUUGGUCAAUGAAGCAUGUUUUUCAUGUUUUAUUUUUCCCUAAAAUAUUCUGAAAAUGUCUUUAUGCUUGCGAAUAAUUUUUCCGUCAAUUUGAUAACAGCGGCAGCACUUUGUUUAGUCUGGGGUUUUCGUUGCCGUAAUGAUUAGGGGAACAGAGUGGGGGGAGAUGUACAAAAAUUCUUACAAAAGAUCUAACCUUGGUUUUUUGUGUUUUCAUUUUGCCGCUUCGUGUUUGUAGAUUUGUUGUAGUGGAUUUGUGUGCCCCUUUUAAAUUCUGCUUGUUCUGACUUGGUUCUUUCCACAAAAUAUAUUCAAAACACAACCUGCUUGUUUAGAGGUUCUUUUUCACCGUUUGUAAACAAUGGCGAGAAACGCAGAAAAGGCAAUGACAACUCUGGCACGCUGGAGAGCUGCUCAAUUAGGCGAACAAGAAAAACAUAAGAAACGGAGGCCUUACCUAGCUUCAGAAUGCAAAAGUUUAUAUGCAUGUGAGAAAUGGAGGAUGCAAAUUAUCAGGGAGAUUGCCAAGAAGGUGUCACAGAUACAGAAUGCAGGAUUAGGAGAAUUCAGGAUAAGAGAUUUGAAUGAUGAAAUAAAUAAACUGCUUAGAGAAAAGCGACAUUGGGAGGAUCAGAUAAAAGAACUGGGUGGACCCGAUUAUCAAAGAGUUGGUCCACGGAUGUUGGACCAUGAAGGAAAGGAAGUACCUGGCAAUAGGGGUUAUAAAUAUUUUGGCGCAGCGAAAGAAUUGCCUGGCGUCCGAGAACUGUUCGAGCAGGAACCUCCGCCUCCACCACGUAAAACUAGGGCAGAACUCAUGAAGGACAUCGACGCGGAUUACUACGGUUACAUGGAUGAUGAUGACGGCAUCCUGAUACCAUUGGAAAUGGCAUCUGAAAAAGCAGCCAUUCAGAAAGCUAUAGCUGAAUUUAAGGAGAAGAAAGAAAAACGAUUAGCAAACGAUCCAGAUGCUGAAGAAGAACCUGAAGUUGAAGAAGAAAAUAUUUAUGCUGUUCAAGAGUCUGACGAGGAAGGUGAAACUUUACAGCUUGUGAUAGAUGGUUCUCAGCAAAAAUUUGUUGCUCAUGUUCCAGUACCAACCCAGCAAGACAUUGAGCAAGCUUUGUUAAGGAAGAGAAAACAGGAGCUUCUCGAAAAAUAUGGAAUACAAGAAAAUACUUCGUAGUAUUAGUAUGAUAAAUGAUUUUAUUUAAUUCUAGAAUACAAGCAUUUUACAUACCUGUCCGUAACUUCUACGAAUAAUCGCACGUCAACGUAUCCAUAUUUUGUUUCAAAAUACCUCUACAUAUUAGUGUAAAUUCUAAAACAAUAUCACACAAUUUUCGUUUGUUUGCUUUUUCUCUGCAAAAUAAAUUAUCAUAAUGAGGGAAAUUGUUCCUUAAUGAUGUACAUUUGCUAUAGGGUUUGAUUCUACAGGUCAGUCUAUGAAAAAAAGAUCAUAUCAGCUAAGUUCAGAAAGGCACAUUAUAUUCUGAUUAUAUAUUUUCUGAUUUUUUCCAGAAUUUCUACAACUCCACUGAUAUUUUCCCUGAGAUAAGAAAUAAUCCACAGAUACUUCUCCAUGUAAAUUCGAUUACAUAGCUGUUUGAAAAUGGUGAACCGUAUUUUUCUCAUCAGAAUUAUCUUGUUAAAAUAAGGAAGUAUGCAUUACUUCUCAGGUAAUUUUUUACAUAGUAUUUUCGGUUUUCUUCGUUAAAUUAUGUAUUUGUACUCCAAAGCCAAAUAAGAGAUUUUUCAUUUUUUAACAAUCUGUAGAAAAUAAAAUCAUUCGGGAUGCAGGUUAUCAAGAACUAUUUGUAAAAGGACCUGAGGUAUCAGACCCUGAAAUAUUACAUCAUUGAGAAAUACAUACUUUAUGCAUCAUACUAAUGUAUGUUGUUUUUUGAUGUAUAAUCGGCAAGAAAACUAUGUAAACUAUUAUAAUAGGUGAUGAAUAAAAAAUAAAUCCCAUCUCUAUUAAGUGAUGCUCCAUGUACUAACCUAAGAACUAUCAGUAAGUUUGGUAUGUUUAUGGCUUGACCUGUCUGCCAAGAAAUAAAAAUUACAGCAAUUGCCGACAACAAUUACGUUAAGUUCUACAAAGCUUGCGUGAAGGAAAUAUUUUAUGAUUACUCAGCAAAAAAAUGGCGUCGCAACGCUAUUAGUUCAUAAAGGAU